AUGGGCAACGUGUACUACGUGUUUUUUCUAUUACUAAACUGUUUUUUACUUUUGAAACAUGCAACCUGUGAUUGUGGAUGUAAUAAGCUGAAAAGAAAUGCAGAAGGACAAGAGCUACCGAAGGAGAGUGUCAUAUUCCCAUCAAAGGCAUCAUCAUCCCAACUAGAUGAAGAUGGCAAGCCAGAUGAUAGUUUGCUGGAUUUAAUCAACCAUUCCAAGCUCUUCGAAGCGAUGAGUCACAUUCCAGGAGGUGAAUAUGUUAUCGGCACAAAUGAGCCAAUUUUUGUCAACGAUCGCGAAUCUCCAGCCCGCACGGUUACAAUCCGCAACUUUUACCUGGACCAGUACGAAGUGUCCAACGCACAGUUUAAAGAGUUUGUCGAACAAACCGGCUACACUACGGAGGCGGAAAAAUUCGGUGAUAGUUUCGUUUUCCAGCAACUGCUCGCGGAGCAUGUACGCAAAGAAUACGAAGAUUAUCGUGUUGCAGCUGCCCCGUGGUGGUAUAAGAUACGGGGCGCGUCCUGGAAGCAUCCGGAUGGUGACCAGUCACGGGAUAUAGGCGAUCGGCUAGACCAUCCAGUGGUGCACGUAUCGUGGAACGAUGCUGUUGCGUACUGUAGUUGGAAGGGUAAGCGUCUCCCAACGGAAGCGGAAUGGGAAGCGGCUUGCCGUGGUGGUCGGAAGCAGAAACUGUUCCCAUGGGGCAACAAAAUGAUGCCAAAGGAACAGCACAUGAUGAACAUUUGGCAGGGAAACUUUCCGGACAGCAAUCUCGUAGAGGAUGGCUGCGAUACCACCUGUCCGGUGUCAUCCUUUCGGCAGAAUCCUUUCAAUCUGUACAAUAUCGUUGGCAAUGUCUGGGAGUGGACAGCGGAUCUGUGGGAUCCGAACGAAACGGACAAGCAAGCACGUACCAACCCGAGCAGUGAUCCACCCAAUCGGGUUAAAAAAGGUGGAUCUUACCUAUGUCACGAAUCUUACUGCUAUCGCUAUCGUUGUGCAGCACGAUCGCAAAAUACGGAGGACAGUUCCGCGGGUAAUCUUGGCUUUCGUUGUGCUGCUGAUGCUGACUGA